AGAGUUUUUUUGUAUGUUGAAGAGAGGGCAGUCAGUGUGUGAGAGAGUGUGUGUGAGGGGCAGAACGAGAGAGAGAGGAGAGGAGAGGGAGAAAAACAUGGGUACGAGGUGAGGCGUGAGUUUUGAAGUGGUCUAAGUACUGCUCUGAAGAAGUCCCAGCUCCCGACAAAGCACCAUCCCGGGAUUAUUAUGCCCAGCGCCACCGUGUCCGUGCGAAGUUUAUCCGAAGUAGAGAAAUACCUCGGCAGCCGGAUGGUGAGUGUUCUCCUAUGAGUGUGUUCCGAUUGCAGCAUCGUUGUGUGGUGAACGUCAGGUCCCGGACUGUACCAGCGACACAUUGUUGUCUGUCCACGAACACGUCAUGUGAAACCAACAGCUGCACGCGCCGCUACAAAAGCUGCAUAUUUCUCCUGAACAAAGAGCCUGCGAGACAAACAACAGGGCAAAAUGAAGUUUUUUUUCUGGACACAUUGUAGUUUUUCUAUGACUUCAGAGCGUCUGAUACUCUCAAGAGAGUCCUGUUUGCCAAAAAUCAAAUCCUAAUCGGGACAUAAUUGGUUAGACAGGGAAUCGAAACCGGCAAUUAUUGAGCACAUACAGGAGGAGAUAUCGGAAUGAUUAUUUGAUCGGCUGUUCGACAUUUCUGUUUGUGGCCUAUCAUGUCUCUAAACAUCUCUUUUUAAGUUGAUUUAAAGUUCCUGAGAAAAUGUCAGAAAAUUAUCUUGUUAAAUUCACCCUGAAGCCUUACUCUCAAAGUUAAAAGACAAGUACAAUUUUCCCACGGGAGGAUUCCGAUCGGAGUAUUUUGGGGGAUUAGGGCUUAAAAAUUAGAGCAAAUAAUUCUUUUGUUGUCUGACUGAGGUUUUGGCUUGAACUGAAUUUAACACAGUGAAACUGUUUUGAAACUAUUUAUUAAAAAGUACAGGGAGUGACCUCAGAAAAUACAGGUCUGAGAGAGAUUAUGAUGGUAAUAUUAAAAAUCAAACCCUGUAUGGAGUGGUUCUCAACUGGUGAGUCCUGACCCACAAGUGGGUCGCAGACAUGUUCUGGGUGGGUCACAAACAGCUGGUCAAAAGAGUAAAUAUUUAAUGCGAUAUUUUGUAGAUAUGUGAUAUUUUCUGAAUAUGCAACUUCAGUAGUUGUCGUCCUCAUGUUGUCCCCUUCAUGUGCUCUGAAAUGCACUUUACUCAAUAAAACGAGUGGAUUUAUGUUUAAGAUUAGAGUCUUUAAAGGUUUUUUUUCUAUUAAAAAAUAAAUUUGUUUGUCCCAGUUCAGAACCACUGCUGUAUAGGACUAUAGGGCAAGUCAGUACUCCAAUAUCAGUGCUUGAUAGUGUGUUGGAUGUUCGUUAAUCCAUAUGACAUUUCUUUCCAGAGUUGUGAUAACGAUAUCAGAUUCAAAGUGUUUCAUAUUUUAUUUCCCAUCAAGGAUGCGCUACAGUCCAUGCUAAACAACGUACAGUCAUGAUGACUAUACCCUACUCAAUCAGUCAAGCCAGAGUCCUGCUACUUAUGGUUUUACUUUGCUAUUGAGGCCACUUAACCACACUAAGCAAGUCUAAAACAACCUGACCAAGACAUACCUGUCCCAUGUAGUGAUGGUGAACAAAGUUAACCCUUGUGUCACACUUGUAUAAAAGUUAUACUGGAUCACAUCGGAAGAAGGAGGUUCUUUCCUGUAACAAAAUUUUUCUCCCCCCUUUUGGGUCUUUAACCGUAUCCAUCACAUGCUCUGUAUUUCACCUCAAAGCAAACAGGAAAUUAAAUUGACCUAGAUCAAUGCUCUUUUUAUCUCUCGUCGUUUUAACAUCUUUACGCAGAAAUGUCGCAUUAAGCAAGACAACCCAUCAUUCAAUUAUAUUUAUCCUAAAUAAUACAUUUGCUCAACUGUGUUUCUUUCUACUCUGCACCACAUAUAUUCCUUUCUUGAGAUGUUGACCAGGUUGAAAGAAAUCAACCCCCACAAAAACCCUCCAACGCUACACUGACAGGUUUCAGGAUAAACCAUCCAACCAUACUAAUACUAUGUGUGAUGCUGAGAAAAAAAAAACCCUGAAGGUUGCUGUGGUGCGAGCUUAGCAUGCGCUUGAGUCCAGCUGCUUUCAGCCUCGCUGACACCAAGGCGAGGAAUGCUCUGUCAACUGUCAGUCUUGUGCAACCAGAAAGUCAGUUAGGUUUGGUGCAGCAGGUUGGUCCUCUUCCCUGUGUAUGCACGAGCCUUCAGGCUGUCUUCCUGUGUCACCUGCAGCCUGUAAAGGUGGAGUGGGAGAUUUGGAUCUAUUCACAAGUGGGAUCCUGUUUAGCUUGUAUUAAAACUCCCAUUCAGGCUUGUUCGUGUUUGCAAAUAAUUCCGAUCAAAAUGAAACUCUUAAAAAUGAAUGCCAUUGAAACAUUUUCUACUAGAGUGGAACCCAAAAGGAGCAUACACAGAUAAUUUGAUUCGGCUUCUCAAGUAAGCAAUUAGAUUCACCUAACGUAACCACCAACACAAUAUAAUGGAGCCACGUAUUGGACGAUUUGGCCAGUUUGCCACCGCUGAGCUGUGUAAUUAUGCUCUUCCUCUUCUCUUUGGCUGCGAAAAGCCUUCCAGUUUUGUCUCUGAAAAGCCAUUGUGCAGCAGAUAUAGUGGGUUAGAGGCCAGGGAUGAUGCAACACCUCCAUUUGAGCGACUCACUUCCACAGUGUCCAUGUUAAGAGACGAUUCUUUAGAUAUUUUUGUGUCAUAUCUUGGUGAAACAUCUGCCCUCCCAUGAACCUUGUCAUUUACCCAUGGUGGCUCUCUCUUACCCGACAAAGUCAAACACCAAACCCAUCGCACCAUGUUUGUUCGGUACACUCUGAACUAUUUAAUGUCAACUACUUCCCUUUUUCAUUCUCUGCUCCUUUUCUCGACUUUCUCUUACAAUGAAUAUAGCUGCAUGCUUAUCUUAAACUGCAUCCCAUUCAAUAUUCUCCCAGUCCAUGGGGGCGAGCAGAUGCUGGGAGUGUUAAUAGGCUAUUGAUUUAGUCUUGGACUGGCCCAUCUAUGAGAUAAUAGCGAAUAGGUCUUGAGCAAUUCAUUUCCCUGACCUCCUGGGGAUGAGUCAUUCGGGAAACUCAAGACUUCAACUCUUUCGCUAUUUUUUGUUCUGCCUCUUUUACUUUGCUGUGGCACAUCAGAGAAAUGUUUUGCAAUCAAAUUUGUGACCGUAGGGCAGCUGUGCGAAGCAGAUGAGAGGGAGGAGAUGUUAAGUCAGCUUUCUCACUACAAUCAAAGAUACUCCCCCCCAGUUUUCUUCCCAUUUCCCUGUGUGAGCUCUGAGUGGGAGAGUGUCUGUAUCCAUGAGGAUCAGCUGGAGGGAAUACCAAUAAGCACCGCAGGCUUCUUCCCCUCUGUGGCUCUGUUCUCUGCUGAAGGGACGGUUUUGUUCCAUCUCAAUGAGGAUGCCAGCUCGCAUGUGUGUGUAUGUGUGUUUAUUUGGGGGUGCACAGAGGCCAUGACAGAAAGACGGCUAAAUAAGCACCACCCUAGGUACCCUACACACUCCCCAGCCUCUUCAUUCUGGUACACUUCCUUCAGAUCACUCUUAACACCUGUGCUUGUAGCUGAAUGCGGCUGCAUGACCUGACCCUGCAUUGUGAGCCGGUGCUUUUACCCGAGAUCACAGCUGCGAUUGUGAGUACUUCCAAACAUUACUUCCUUGUAGUGGGGACAAUGCCUUCCUGUUUGCAUAAGAAAAUGUGUGCUGUUGCACUAAUGUCCCCCUCCGGCGGGGAGUGUAGCAUGUACAAUCAAUGAAUAUUAAUUUCUAUCUAAAUAACGUGUUUUUUCUUCUCCAAGUUCUCCACCCAAACUGCAGCCUUGCUUUUUUUUCUUCUGGUGCUGCAGCGAACAGACCAGCAUAAGGUCUGCCUUUGCAUGAAAAAUGGAAUCACUAACUCGAUCAUUGAUCCAAGAGAGAGAGAGAGAGAGAGAGCACACUGCAGUGCAAGAUAAGCAGCAUCUGCAGUUCCUAUCUGUGCCCGCCCUCCCCCCUGAAAUGUAGCUCGAAGAUUUGGGAUUUGGAUUUCUCCUGCAGAGCGGUGCACACAGCUCUCCCUUGUUUGGUUAAGAUUGAGGCUAAUGCUGGGAGGGGGAUCUUUAUGUUGUGCUGCCUGGCAAGGUCAGGGCUUAUUAAAUAGGUCAUGAUGUUGGACAGACGCUGCCUGCUAAUGUAGGACAGCGUGGGGGGACAGGGCUUAAGCAGGGCUGAGGUGUGAGGGAAGCCUUUUUGGGUGGGGAGGCAUAAAAACGUCCUGUAGAUCCACGAUGUUUCACUGCUGUAGUGUGUUUGUGUGCUUUUUCUGUCAUCAUUUUAUUAUCUUGUCUUGGUUCUGCUGCUCUCUCUCUCUCCGUCUCUGUUUUCUGCUCCACUGACACACUAAUAUCAUCUUUUUAAUCUAAAAGCAGUGGGAGUAAGUCUGGCGCACUGAUUUGUUAAGACAACAUUUCCUUUUCUAAUAGCAAUGAAGCAGAUUUUAAGCAUAUGAACAAACAGAUGGAUCUUUCAAACAGCACAGCUUUGAAAUCCAAUAAACACAGUUGGAAGGAGAAGGUAGGAGUUCUGCUGUGCUCCAGUUAAGAACAGCAUGUCUUUGAAGGACACCUGUUAUGCUGAUCCCUGUUUUAAUAUAUAAUGUUUCAAAGUUGGGUGAGAUAUAUGGAUGUUGCCGUACUUCUGUCUUCUCUGGACUCCUGUUUAAGAACAUAAAAAGACAUGGCCAAUUAAGACGAUGUUGAAGGACUUAUCCACCCAACAGCUCCUUCAAGGUCGUGCCCAUCUGGAAGAUUUUUCAAAAUUUCCCUUUGCCCUGAAAGUCUUUCACCACUUGACUUUUCCUUACCUCUGCGUUUUUUUGAUUCAGCAUGUCUGGAAAUUGUUCUGUUGAUUUACAUCUCAGCUGUUGUUCAAACUUGGGGCUGUUUUGUUUAUAGAGACCUUCCAUGAAAGCUCUUCUUUUGACCUAACUCUAAAUCCGUACCCUCAAAGCUCAAGUAUGGAGUUUUUUUUUUUUUUUUUUACAGGUAAUGAAACAAACCGAAAGUAAUACUGGUGCAAGAAAACAAAUAAAUAAAAUGGCCAAGCUUGAUUAUUUACAUUUAGUUAAUUUUAAAGCCUGUUACCUAGAGAUUUUUUAAGUGAUUACAAAAUAUUGCCCAAACAGUAAAAAAGCCAUACUGUUACACCUAGGGUGACCAAACGUUUGGUUUUCCCUGGACAUGUCCUGUUUUUACGUCCUGUCCUGGCCAUCCUUGUUUUUAUAAAGUGAUGAAAAUGUCCCAGUGUUCAUUAUUCUUGAUUGGGCCACUAAGAUGAAGAAGAAAACUAAAGUGAGAGAGAUUAUCCUCUUGCCGGGCAGAGUCCUGGUUUUCGGUUAUCAAAACAUGGUCACCCUAGUUAUACCAGUGUGGUCUGAAACCAUGAUUAAGAGCUAUGGGAAAGGCUUCAAAGUGCUUAUUCUGCAGAAUACACAGUUCAUUUUUGAAGUGUAACACUGUUGCACUUAAAGAAAUGUGCAGGAGUGCAGGUUAGCCUGCAUGAACACUCCCACUCAUGCCUGUGUACCCAUGACAGAGAAAGUAGAAGUGUAUUCUUCAGCUGCUUUGAAAGAAUCUUCCCUGGCAUGAAUAAUUAAAAACUCUGAAAGUUAGGCGAACUCCCAAGUAAGAACAGUUUUUCAAAGUAACAAACUUUACCUCCACCAUCUGCUGUGCUCUAGCAGCUUCCCCUCUUUUCCCCUCCUGUAACUGGGCCCUGACCCCCUCCCUGGUCACUUCCAGCCAAUCCCCAAAGACCUUAAAUCCUCGUCUCGUUUCACCCUCCUACCCCAACAACCCCUGGGGAAUGCCUGCAUAAGUGUUCGGGAGAAACCGAGUGAAAAGUAGGCCAGCUCCUCAGCAGAUUUGGGAGGACAUUUUCAUCAGUGUGAGGCUAAUUCAUUUAGCGGAGCCGCUCAUCCAGAGAGACCCUUGGAUUGCUCCAGUAGUUAGUUAGCGUUGGUAGAAAUCUUGAGCGGCGGCGGCGGCUGGGGAAGUAGGCUGAUUAAAUUUGAAAUUUUCAUUGACUUUCUUAUCAGGAGUGAGUCAGAUGUCACGCUCAUUUUGGGGUUCAAGUGUGUGCGCAACAUCUGGGUUGUGUUAUUCGUGUUACGUGAGCUGCUCUCAUGAAUUGGGCCUCAUUCUGCCAAAAGCUGUCUUGUUUUUGUAAGGAAAAGCUUCCAUCCAUCAGCACAGCUGCCUAGUACAUUUCUGGUUUGGCGUUCACUACUCCAGGUGUGCGUGUGUGAAUAAUGACGAAGAAUCAAUACUUUUUCCAAACAACCUCCUCUCCUGUCAGGCUCUGCUUUUUCUGCAGGCAUUAAUAGUGAUCCAUCGAGUUUUUCGGGGUCACUAUUUGAUCACACCCUCAUCCUGUAUCCGUGACUUCACUGCACCUUGAGGCAAUAAUCCCACACCUCUGUGAUCCUCAAUUGGCUUCUUAUGCAGCAGGAGAGGUUUUUGAACAUUUCGGAGUUGAGAUGUGUGGUGAGAAAGCGCCUUAGGAGCUAGCAUAUUUCCAGUGCAGCAGAAAUAGCAUGAGGCUAAGCUGUCUAGAGGAACAGGCUGUUCUUUGUGUUUGUCGUUUGAAAGCUAAAAAGUCCGGGUAACAUGAGCAACCUACACACAAGCCUGCCUAACGGUUCCUUUGGGAGGAGGGAGAUAUUGAGCUGGUCUUUCUUAUUUGUCAAACAGGUUUGUCUGUAAGUAAACAGGCGGUGUAUGUGUAAAUUACAGUCGUGACAAGAAAUAUUGUUGGAAAGAAAAAGGGUUGUGAUUGGACGCAGAACUCCUCAGGCUGUACGUCAGGCCAGUGGAUCCAUAUGAGGCAGCUUGCUCAUCAGAGUCCUGCACAGAGCAGAGGUAGGACAUGACAAAGUCUGCUUUUUACUCUGCAAACAAAGAGUCCUGUGUUGGAUAAGGACAGAUGCCAGGGAGGGGGAGACGUUGGGAUGAAGACAGAGGCUGAAACACCCCAGGCAUGCUUGGAGAAAGAAGCAGCGUGUUCUCUGGUUAUACAGCAUACAUAAACAAGCAUAUAUUACCGAUCUCCAGCAUAGUGAUGGCCAAAAUAAUAGUGGGGCUACAAUUUUUAAGUGUCUCCUACAACCAAUACAAGGGUUCACGGUCAUGUUAGCAUGUUAGCAUGGUUACAUGCUGAUGUUUAGGAUGAAUAAAUAUCUUGAUUUGUGGGAUGCAAUUAUCAAAUCAUCAGUGCUAAAUAUUGAUAUGUUAAUUUAAAAAGCAAUGCAGCCAAUUUGACUCACUGUGUCACCUCUCUUUCUUUACAGGCCUUUUUUAAUGUACACCUAAAGGCACUAUGAGGAGUUUUAAAGUGAAACAGACAAACUGAAACUGAUGUCUCUUUAGAACCGUUAAAAAUAAACAAGACCAGACCAGCAAAGAGGCUGAUAAUUUCACCGAAGUUAUUUUUAAUGGUUAUAACUACUGUGAGAGAGUAUGUGUCAGACCAGAUGACGGGAAGCAGGCCAAAUAAAUACAUAAACUGCCCAUUUAGAUUUUUUUAAUAUCAAAUGUCACAGUGAUUAAUGUAUGAAUUUGUCUUACAACACUUUCACAUGUAAAGGACAGGAGAUGAGCGGUAACUCUUUGUCCACAAGGGGGUGACAAUAUCAACACAAACUAAAAACUCCUCACAGUAACUUUAAUCACAUAUAGUGAUGCAGCAUUAUUAUAUGUUUGUCUUGCAAUUGAUCAGUCAUCACAGAAUUGUUGUGUUGUAAUAUGCUCGUCAUUAGGGGGUCUUUAAGGUAUCCAAUAACAAGUAUCAGGUAUGAAGAGUGCUGUUGUGUCUUAUAUUUUCUGUGUUCAAAACUCCAGUUUGCUCUGUUUCCAGGCUGAGUUUACUUAAAGGCGUUGAAGUCAGCUGUAAACUUAGCUUGAAGUAAGUUUUUUUUCACCCCAUAUUACUCUGCCUGUACACUUAGCAUGUAAAGAGCAGACUCACGUGAUAGUUUUCCAGGAAAAGUCAGCCUCAGGACUUUACCAGGAUUCACCAUGAAUGUCUGAAAAAAGACUAUUCAUUGGUUUGCAAAACUAAAAGAUCUUUACCGCUAUUGAGAGAGUGUUGUUAUACUAUAUUUAGUCAGUAUUAUUCCAUAUUUGUGAGCUGGAGAAGGAUUCAUGAAAAAUUGUUGCAAUCUCUUAUUUAUUCUAAUUUCAUUCUUUCUCCUAAAGAGUAAGUGUAAUGACUGAAUUUCCACCUGGGAUACAUCAAAUAUUCUGACUCUGACUCUGAAGUGGGUCAGUGUGUUUGAGUCGUCCUGCCAACACAGAGAAAAAGAAACAAAUUGAAAACAGGAAAAAGCAGCUGUAGCAAUAGUUUACGAAAGUUUUGGACUGACAGGAUGAGUUUGUCAUUUCCUCCAGCUGUGUCAUUAACAGACAGAAAGCAGUUUCUGUGUCGCAUUUUUGGUGACUGUCUGUUUGAAAUGAAUGGCGACUGCUCUUGAUGACUCGUGCUCAGUGUCGCCUCAUAAACUAGUCUGACUGGUCCAUUGGGUAUGAGGUCACAGUUACAGCAGCAGUGGGGAAUGCACACACAUGUAACUGGAUAUCUCAAAUCCACUUAAUUUCCAGUUAGUGUUGAAUGGUUUCGUUGCUGUGCCUUUGUACUUAAUCGACCUAUUCUUAGUCAACUCUGCCUUAAGUUUCACCUGACUAGUCAUGUGUCGAGGACUUUUUUUUUCUGUGAGGUGAACUUAAAUAUACAUUUGUGGAUUGUAAAGGUGCUUGGCAAGCAGUAUGUAACCGUUACGUGUUUGUGUAGAAAUGCUAAGCAGGAUUGCGCUUUAAGUCUGACUGAGUUGGCUGCGAUGUGUUUAUUUGCUCGAAACUAGCAGUGUUACAUUAGUGAAGGAUUAGUCCAGCUUAGUACAGCCCAUAGUGCUUGUUGUACAACUCUUUGUAUUAUCAGCUUACACCUCCUCCUAACAGGGCGCUACUGUGAUCAACUUGUGUCUCUUGUUAGAUCGCUGCUACAGUGUGUUGCUGUAACACUUAGGGUGACACCUCGCUUCUAAAAAUGCUGUUUGCUAACCUCUUGAUGUUCUUUUCUGAGUUUCCUCUGUGUGGAGGAAACAACCGAAGAUAAACUUGCUUACUUGAACCAUUUUUAAUUCAGCGUCACUUCCUCAAAACAGCAGCUGAUAACUCAACAGUGAACUAUUGACACACACAGAGUCUCUAUCGUAGAGAUGUAGAUUGACUCUUUAAAUGAAGGACAAUGUGUGGAAAAGGGAUUUCCUGCACCUUGUGUGACAUUUUCACUGACCUACAUUUGAUAUUCAUGCUCUAGUUCUUCCUCACACAUAGAUAGCUCUUAUCUGAAUUCUGUAAUCUGUGUCAUUUGUGUCAUCAGUGUGUUGUACUGUAAACAAACAGGAUUAAAUUCUGGCUGCUAGCACACAACAGACGUCCGCAAUAAGAGCAUUACAUUCACACCCAGAUGGUCUCGCUGUGGCGAUAGAAGCAAAACAGCAGAGAAAAAAAGACUCAUUUUGUAGAAACGGUUGGAAAAUUCGCUAAAAUGUGGGAAAAGCUGAAAUUUAGCCUGAGAGAAGAAAACUGAGUCCAAUCGAAAAAGGCUCCAAAAUAAGGCUGUAGUUUGUGAUGCAUAAAUCCAGAACUGGAUGCUGUGUUUGAUGCUUUCCUCAUGACUUGUUUUGCUCAUAAAUUCCUUCAAAAAGAUUCCAGGAAAAAAAUGUGAAAUGCGCCACAUCUAUCCCAGUAACAUAACUGUCCUUUUUUUUCUGCUCCUUUCAGGACCGGAGUACCGAGGGGAGUUUCCUAAACCUCCCUGGGUCCAUGCGUCGGGGUUCUUCAGAGAACAAUCUGGAGCUGGAUCUGUGCGAUGGAAGUCCAAGGCCUACUUCAGGGUGUGAGAUCCAGCGGAGUCGGUCUUGUCUGGACAGCCUCCAGCAAAAGAUCCUGAAAGUCACGGAGCAGCUGAAGAUCGAGCAGACGGCGAAGGAGGAGAACGUGGCUGAGUACCUGAAGCUGGUGAACAGCGCAGACAAGCAGCAGGUGGGCCGCAUCAAGCAGGUGUUUGAGAAGAAGAACCAGAAGUCGGCUCAGAACAUCGCCCAGAUGCAGAAGAAGCUGGAGCAGUAUCAUAAAAAGAUGAAGGACAGCGAAGUCCACCACAGCCCGUCCCAUCAUAUGCCCACUGUCAAACACAGCACCAUCCCCAGGGAGUCCCCCAGAGAGCUGCUGAAGGACAUGACAGGCUCAGGCAGACACCCAACCAUGGACAAGAUCAAAACCAUUGGACCAGGUGUUUCCCUCUCUCCUCCUUUCUUCUUCAGUAAACCACGAGAGUUCGCCAACAUCAUCAGGAACAAGUUUGGCAGUGCAGACAACAUCGCCCACCUGAAGACCAGCCUGGAUUCCCCACCACAGCUGCCUACAGAAGGGGCAGGAAAGGGGCUGAGCAGCAGUACCUCCAUGGUGGGUAAGCCCAAGUAUCCCAGUGACGAUGAGUGCUCCUCCGGUAGCGCGUCCAUCUCAGCGGACAGUAACGGAAAUCCAGCGGGGCAGGCUCAGGGUUCAGGCCAGACUCAGGUCCAGCAGCAGCAGGCUGGAGGGGACAGCCAGAGCAGACUGGCCCUGAACCUGGAGGAAGUGAGGGAGAUCAAAGAGGCCCAAAACCAGCUGGAGGAGGACAUGGAGGAGCUAAAGACCCAGUUCAAGAGGGAGUUUGGACUUGUUAGCCAAGCACUGCAGGAGGAGAGAUACAGGUAUGUUUCUGUAACUCCGUGCAGCUCUUUUCUUUGUGUGCAGUAUGUUGGAAUCAGCUUUAACAGAAUAACCUUUCCUGUAUUUCUGGAUCAUCUAUCAGGUAUGAGCGUUUGGAGGACCAGCUGAAUGACCUGACAGAGCUUCACCAACACGAGAUGACUAACCUAAAGCAGGAACUGGCCAGCAUUGAGGAGAGGGUGACCUACCAGGCUCAUGAGAGGGCUCGGGACAUACAGGUAUUUCAUAGUGGAGUCAAAGCCAGAGGAAACCAAUGUCGUAGAUGUAACCGGUGGGACUCUGCGUCGUAGUUAUAUGAAGACACCAGCAGGAUUUUAUCCCUGUUUAUUCUUUAAACCAGAAUGACAAGGGAAAGAAGUUCAGCCUUGCAGCCUGCCUCUGCUCCUCUCUCCCAGGGAUCACGAUAGAAAAGGCGGCAGAAGUAAGGAGGCAAACUCCAAUAUCAAUGUACAUCUUAUAGAAACAGAAAAAAGACAACAAUCAUACCUGUGAAGAAUGACCAGGUACACCAGAAUGACAAGGGAAACCUUAAGAAGUUCAGCCUUGCAGCCUGCGUCCGCUUCUACACAGACAGAAACACAGGCUAGCUUAACUGAAUGAACACAAGUGAACAUUUAAAUUUGAAUGAACAUUUAAAUUGUGUUUUUUCACUUUAUUUACUUCUCUUUUUUUGUAAGGCGUCUUUGAGCACCUGUAAAAGCGCGUUAUAAAUAAAAUUCAUUAUCAUUAUUAUUAUAAGAUGUCACGAGGCAUGCUAAGCGGACAAAACACAACAAAACUAAAAUUUGGGAUGUUACAUGAGUAAAAAGAAACUUAAAAACCGUUAAAUAAACACACCAUGAAAAAUAAAAGUACAUAUAAAAAAAAUCAAUUAUGGAGAAAUCAAUAAUUAGCCAACGGACACCACGGUCACAAUAGAAAAAGGGAGAAGUAGGGAGGCUAACUCAAAUAUUAAGAAGAAGAAAUAACAGGAAGAGGGAGGCUGCACAUAAAAAUAAAUUAAAUCCACAAAAAGGUUCCACAGUCAAACAUAAAAAUACACAGGCAUAAUUUAGGUAAAUAUAAAAAAUAAUGUACAUUUAAUCCUUGUUACACAGACAAUAUUGACAAAUUUAUGAUGAUCAAUAUUAUUUAUUAUUUUAUUUAACUCUUAAAGCUGAGUUAUCAAAGUCAUGACAUAAGUUUUCUUUGCACAGAACGGCUGAUAUGACUGUUUCUCCAAAAGACUUCUUCUUACCUACAGUCUACUCUGUCCACGCCUCUCUCUGAUAAUUACUGAUUACUCGUUUUGGAGAUUGUGGGUAAUUGAGGGGUCAGUCGAAUGCUCUUUAAAUACUCAGCUGACCUCGAGACUCAAAGUUUGUCUCUCUGUCUUCGUCUUCAGGAAGCUCUGGAGUCGUGUCAGACCCGGGUGUCCAAACUGGAGCUCCAGCAGCAGCAGCAGCAGACAGUGCAGCUCGAAAGCGGCGAUGCCCGCGUCCUGCUGGGGAAGACCAUCAACAUCAUGCUGGCCAUCAUCACCGUCAUCCUGGUGUGCGUCUCCACUGCAGCCAAGUUCGCCGCUCCCCUUAUGAAGAGCCGGCACCAUGUGGUCGCCACCAUCCUGGGAGUUUGUUUUUUAACCAUUUUCUGGAAGAAUUGGGACCGUUUACAAUAUGCCUUAGACCGCCUGCUGGUGCCUGAUUGAUAGUGAACAGUGCGUGUGUAAAACAUGGCUGAAACAAAGGCACUGUGAGGUGUCAGGAUAGGACUAUCUGAGAAGAUUGGUUGUACAAUCGUCAGAAAACAUGAUCGCCAUGCAUUUACAGAGGUUGAUGUUUUUUAAAGUCAGACUGAAAUUACUUUUGGUGAUUUUUUUUCUCGUCUAGAACUUGAAUGUGAGUUGCUAAAAUUUUACAUUUAACCUUUAAAAUAAUAUUUAUAUAACAAUAAAUAUUUUAAACCCCAACUGAUUGAUAGGAAAUCACCUGAAGACAUAAAAAUUAAAUGUCAGUGAAGUUAAUUUUAAAGAAUUGCCUUAUCACUACAACGCAGCAAAAUAGAUUUUAAUACGUGAGAAAUCGGUAACUCAAUCGACAGUGUCCUCUCAUGUAGCUUAGUUUUACUUGAUUAUCUCUCAUACGUUUGCAUGCAAAUGCACAGACGAUUAAAACCUCAGGUUCGGUGUCUUAUAGCCACAGCUAUGACAUGAUAAAGGUCUAACGGUGUGAUAGAAGGUGGAUUUUGUUACCUUUGCACAGAAACAGACAAACUGUUUCCUCUUGUUGGUUGCAUUUAUGCUAAACUCAGCCAACUUCCGCCUUGCAUUAAGCAUUUACACAAAAAGUGGUAUCAAUCUUGUUUUUUUAACACCCUUGCAAAGAAAUAACAAAGUCCACUAAAUGUUGAACUGUUCCUUUAAACUACAAACUGCAGCACAGAGUCAGGAGGCAUCCUGUUUGUUUUUUUCCAUUCAAAAAAAUGUUUAUUGUCUUUAUCUGUUCUUACCUUGUCAUUCCCUGUGUGGUCAGUCAUCUCUUAAGUUUUUCUGUUUACUAUUCCUAAAGUUUUAAGUGCAAUAUGUUUGAUUUUUAAAAUGUUACGCUUAAGAGCCAGCCUUUGACGUCAGUGUUUUACAGCAACAUGGUGUUGGUGCUGGGGAAGCAGAAGGGGGUUGGGAUGGGUGAGGAUGUGACAGUAAUGUUGGCAUGAGAGAUCCAUAACCACUGAAGCCACUGCUGGGCUCUGAUAAGACCAGCUGUCUCCUCUCUCAAGAGCCAAAAUUCAUUCCUACUACAUUACCUCGCGGUUAGCGCGCUAAUAUCGAUACAUGCCAGCCCUCCACUGCAGAAGGAUGCAUGCACACCCCCAGAACAACGAGAAAAUAGUCACUUUUCAUGUCUUGUUAUUUUUUUUUCUACUAAUAAUGUGAUUGAGAAGCAAUGGGUUACACUGUGAUACAAGGCCUUUAUCCAAGGAAAAAUGCUUUUCCCUUUUUUAAGGAGCAACAAACAGCCUUCAUUGCUCUGAUGAUGAAAGAGGAGCACAACACAGGCUCUGAGUGAUGAACUAUGAGCCGAUUUUUUGGACUGACUAAUGUAUUAUGUCUUGUUUUGUCUUUUGGACCUUGCCUUUUUGAAUCUCAUGUGAAGCUACAGCCCACUUUUUAAUGUCUGUUUGCCAUAACACUGUGUACGUUGUCUCUCUCAUGUCCUACUGACUGUAUUAUAUGAUUUUGUUCCUGUUUUUGACUCGUUGGAGGAACCUGCAGAACUAAAGAUCAGGUUUACAUUCUCUUUUCCUCUCUGGUGCACUAUGUGAUCAAUCAGUUGUGUUUUCAUGCAUUACAUGCCUUUGUCUGACAAUUUCUGUUAAAUUAAACAAGUCUUUUUAGUCAGC